AAAAAAACGUCCACACCAGGUUGAACACCACCCCAUGGGACCUUUGGGAAUCACCACCCCAUGGACCCCCCGCUGGUCAACCAUUCCGCUCCGGACGAGCUCGGCUCCAGGUGCAACGAAGAGGUGGACGCCCCUCCGGUCUUGCACCGCUCCUUGCUGAGUUUGCUGCGCGCGGAGCUGGCCUCCCAGGAGGAGCCAUCAGAGCUGAUGCAGAUUGUGGCGGAAUACUUGGCAGUGGAGCGAUGCCUGUGGCCGGUGCAUUCGCUGGGAUCUGUGGCCACCGCCCUCCAGCGAUGGGGCCGGCAAUGUCCAGCUAUGCCACAAGUCGCUACUGGCUUACUUCGAGUCCUCCAACGGAGACUCUCUCGGCCACAGCAUAGAGGCAUUUCCCCAGAGCUCCUGCUGAAAUGCCUGGGCGCAGCUUUACCGCUCGCUCCAGAGCACAGGCAUGGGUGGUACGACUUCCAGCUGCAGCAGAUCUUAAAGCAGCUACUGCCAAAAGCAGCCGACUUACGCCCAGGUCAGCUGGUGGCGUUGGUGGAGCUUUCGGGCAUGGCCUGGGAAGGUGCAAACCCAGACUUCCGCGAGGCUCUGCAAGCUCCUUUUGAAGCGCUUCGGUCCACCGUGUACCAGCGUCUCCGGCAACUGCCGCUCCGGGCGCUUCCAGCGGUGCUGGCUGCACUUCUUCAGAUGGUGUCCAAAGAAUCCAUCGAGACGGACCUUUGGCCCGUUCUCCGGCGUUCGACCGGACUGCUGGGAUACCAGAUCCGCGAAGUGGUGGAAGGGUCGACUUCCUCCUCCUUGGAGGACUUCGACUUUGAUGCUCUCGGAGAGGUCUUCUACAUUUGUGCUGCCAGCAACUUCCAGGAUGUGGCCUUUUUCGAAUCCAGCGAAGCGUGGCUCCUGAAACAGCACCAAUCGACGGAGUUCAAGCCCUUGACUUUGGUGCAUCUUCUCCACUCCGCAGCAGUGCUUCGAGUGGCCAAGGGUCGACUGUUGCACCUCUUGGUCGCUGCCUCGGUGCAACGGAUCAACCACUUCGGAGCCUUCGAGGUGCUUGGCUUCCUGGAUGCCGCCGCCCUUCUACAGAGAGAGGCUGAUCAGCCCUCCCCGGCGGAGUUCCUGGAACACGUGGAAGGGCCACCGCCCUCCGGCGUGGGCGAGGAGGCGCUCCAGGAGGCGUUGGCUCGGGUCGUCGCCCUUUUGCCUUCUCUGGAUGACGAUGAACUGCGACCCUUCGUCCCGCUCUUGCGGUCCAUGCGCCUUCCCUCAGGACCGCGAGCGGAGCGCAUCUACCAGGAAGCGGCUGAUCGCGGACUGGAUGAAAAGAAACAGUGCAGCGGCCCAGCGUCUCAACGUUUCAGGGAGUGUCACCUGUAACAGUUGAUUUAAGAUGAUCAUAUAGUUCAUUAUAGUUCCAC